UAUUAGUUUACACCUUGCCAGCUCAGGGGGAGUAUUCCCUCUGAAGAAAUUAUAAAAGAGGAAAAACAGCCGAGAUGACGCACCAAUACCCUGCGCUCACCCCAGAGCAGAAGAAAGAGCUCUCGGACAUCGCCCAGCGGAUUGUGGCCCCGGGCAAGGGAAUCUUGGCCGCGGAUGAAUCCGUGGGCAGCAUGGCCAAGCGCCUCAACCAGAUUGGAGUGGAGAACACGGAAGAGAACCGCCGCCUCUACCGGCAGCUGCUCUUCAGUGCCGACAGCCGGAUCAAGAAGUGCAUCGGUGGCGUCAUCUUCUUCCAUGAGACCAUGUACCAGAAGGCGGACGACGGCACCCCCUUUGUGGAGCUCGUCCAGGGCAAAGGCAUCAUCGUGGGCAUCAAGGUGGACAAGGGCGUUGUGCCGCUAGCCGGGACGGAUGGAGAAACCACCACCCAAGGCUUGGACGGGCUGUCAGAGCGCUGCGCCCAGUACAAGAAGGAUGGUGCCGACUUCGCCAAAUGGCGCUGCGUGCUGAAGAUCAGCGACAACACGCCCUCCUCCCUGGCCAUCAUGGAGAACGCCAACGUCCUGGCCCGCUACGCCGGCAUCUGCCAGCAGAACGGCAUUGUGCCCAUUGUGGAGCCGGAGAUCUUACCUGAUGGGGAGCAUGAUUUGAAGCGUUGCCAGUAUGUGACCGAGAAGGUCCUGGCUGCUGUGUACAAGGCGCUGAGCGACCACCACAUCUACCUAGAAGGCACGCUGCUCAAGCCCAACAUGGUGACCCCCGGUCAUGCUUGCCCCACCAAGUACAACCCUGAGGAGAUCGCCAUGGCCACAGUGACUGCGCUGCGCCGCACCGUCCCGCCCGCGGUUCCAGGUGUCACCUUCCUGUCGGGUGGGCAGAGCGAGGAGGAAGCCUCCAUCAACCUCAAUGCCAUCAACAACUGCCCGCUGCCCCGGCCAUGGGCCCUGACCUUCUCCUAUGGCCGGGCCCUGCAGGCCUCAGCCCUCAACGCCUGGCGAGGCCAACGGGAGAACGAAGACUCGGCCACGGAGGAGUUCGUCAAGCGGGCCGAGGUCAACGGCCUGGCAGCUCUCGGCAGCUACGAAGGCAGCGGCGAAGAUUCCGGGGCCGCCGGGCAAUCGCUCUAUGUCGCCAACCACGCCUACUGAAGAUGGGUUUGGAGUAGCAGCCCCCCCACUCCGGGCUGGCUAUUAGCCCCUGUCCCCCCACCCCACUGAUGGAACCUCCCACUCUGCUACCUUCCAUACCAACCAACACCAGUCACCCCCCCAGCUUUUUACUACCGUAGCCGCGACAGGAGCCCAAGUAGCCAUGGAGUGUCCGGCGCCAGAGGCAACGCACGAGCAAGAGGAAGGAGCAGGGCCCAGUGUGGGUGGUGUCCUGCACCGGGAGGGGGUGAUAUACCGCAGGGCCUGCUCUAUAGGGGUGUCAUGAAGAAGACUGAGCUGUGAAAGAGCUUCCGGAAGCACUUGGGAGAGUCAACGGAUGUUUUUUGAAUCUAGGGAUCUACAGGCGAAAGGGGGUGAGGGCCGGCAGUGGGGGGCAACAGGAAACAGAAU